CUGGGGUUUACCUACCACCGUAUUGGAGCUGACGGCGCCCGCUCUCUGAAUCCAUUGUCAUCUCCUCAUCCAAGUCGCUGUGGUUUACCUACCACCGUAUUGGAGCUGACGGCGCCCGCUCUCCGAAUCCAUUGUCAUCUCCUCAUCAAAGUCGAUGGCCAUUGCCAUCGCCUGAGAGGCAAUGGCCAUCGAGCUCUACCACCGCAGCCUAUACCAAAUGAAGAUAUCUGGUAUACGCCGCCGCGGUCAUGGUGUCUGUGCGGUGUCGUGACUUCUGACGGCGGUGGAUGGGCUGAUUCCAGUAGGGUGCAUACUAACGGGUGGACCGCCGGUGAUGGCGGAGAAAGGCAGGGAAGGCGUCAUUAA